CUGAAAAUUGAAGAAACUAAAAUCGCUUCCAUCUCUUCCUUUUUCAUCGCAUUUCUCGUUCUCAGCCUCAACCAACGAUGCCGUGAAAAAUUCUAUUCUACACGUUGUAUUGUAGCCUCCAUUUCACACCUCGGUGACGGUGAAGGAAGAGGAAGGGAGGUUGUGGAAGAUGUCAUCGUCGAAUUCACCGUGUGCGGCGUGCAAGCUUCUGCGGCGGAAGUGCACUCAGGAGUGCGUGUUCGCGCCGUACUUUCCGCCGGACAACCCGCAACGGUUCGCGUGCGUGCACCGCGUGUUCGGCGCGAGUAACGUGGCGAAGCUGCUGAACGAGCUCAGCAUGGCGCAACGUGAAGACGCCGUUAAGUCGCUGGCGUACGAGGCGGAGGCGCGCUUGAGGGACCCCGUGUAUGGCUGCGUGGGGUUCAUCUCCCUGCUGCAGCAACGGCUCCGUCAAAUCCAAACGGAGCUUCACAACGCCAAGAAGGAGUUAUCCACGUAUGUUAGCCCCCAAGCCAUGCAGGUUCUCUUGGCCAAUCCUGGCAUGUUGCCACCCAUGCUGCCCCAUUUGCAUCAUCAAUCUAUGUUCAAUAAUUGUGGCGGCGCCAACAAUGUGGCCUCCCAAGUUUUGGUUGCCCACGGUGGUGGUGGCGGUGACCAGAUGGUCAUUCGUGACACACCACCGCAGGAGUUUCUAGAAGCUCAGCAAAUGGCUCUUGUACCUAGGGAUCAUCAUUUUCAUCAACACCACGACCAGUACCAAGAUCAACAACGAAACCAACAUCAGGAUCAGCACCAGGACCAGCAUCAGCAUCAGCAUCAGCACCAAGUUAUGUUUCGAAACUAUGAGGAGCAAGAGUUUAUGAAGUUUGAUAAUGGGUUUGAGCAGAGUGGUGGUGGGUUUGGGAGCCAGGUGGAGUGUUUGCCUCCUUCUUUGUCUCUUGGAAGCUUUGAGAAUGUUGGGCCUUACCCGGUGCAACAACAUGGAGAACAACAACAUCCCAUGGAGGCACAAUUGUUGCUCACUCCACAGCAGCAGCAGUCGCAGGAACAACCCCAUCAACAACGGUGUGAGAGUGAGGAUGGGAGGACUGUUGUUCCCGCUUGAUUUCUCAAUCAAGUAGUUCUCAUGCCCAUUUCUCAUUUUCUUGCAUCUAAUGCUACUCAAACAAGUUUUUAUUUUUGGCUGCAGAAAGUUGCUGGAAGAUAUAGAUGGAUAGAGAGCAUGAGCAGUAGCUGGUACAUGUGAGAUUAGUAAUCCUUCAUUUCAUUUUUUCUUUCUUUCUAUAACGAAGGUUUUGAAGGUGCUCACAUUAAAAAAAGUAAGAUGCUCACAGAUAUUGAAAAGCUUCUUUCUUUCUUCUUUCUAUUUUUUUUCUUUCUUUUUUUAGAAGCA